UCAGUAGAGCUACACUUAAGGGCACUGACCUAUCCAGAGAGCAGUUUUUUGCUUCACUUGGCUGCUUACUUUAGUACCUCAUUGCCCCAAAACUGGUCUUCAAAAAGGAAAAAUAAAACUACAACAUCAGAACUUGCACUGAACUACUUUUCCUGGGCUGGGUUCCCAUUCCACCUCAGGCAGGAUGAAGUUCUUGCCAUGUACAUUGGCUUUGUGGGUACUUGCCUUCUGUUUGGCCCAGGCAACCAAAGAUAUCUGCACCGCAAAACCCAAAGACUUAUUGGAGCCAAUGUGCAUCUACCGCAACCAAGAUCCUGAGGUACAACCAACCAAAGAUCCCGAGAAGAUCCCAGCUGGCACCAACCCUCGAGUGUGGGAACUGUCCAAAGCCAACAGCCUCUUCGCCCUCUCGUUUUUCAAGCAGCUUGCAGAGGGAAAGUCCAGCGAUGAAAACAUCUUUCUGUCGCCAAUUAGUAUAUCAACGGCUUUCGCCAUGACAAAGCUAGGGGCUUGUAACACCACACUGGAGCAGCUCAUGAAAGUAUUUCGGUUCGAUUCGAUAAAGGAAAAGACGUCAGACCAGGUUCACUACUUCUUCGCCAAGUUGAACUGUCGACUAUACCGCAAAAAGCAUGAGACGACAGAACUGAUCUCUGCAAACCGUUUGUUUGGAGACAAAUCUACGCUUUUUAAUGAGUCCUUCCAGCACAUCAGCGAGAUGGUCUAUGGAGCCAAGUUGAUGCCUCUCAAUUUCAAGGAGAAACCAGAUAUUUCGAGGCUGGCGAUAAAUGAAUGGAUUGCCAACAAGACGGAGAACCGAAUAAAAGACACCCUGCCUGAAGGUUCAAUAGACUCCAACACCAUAUUAGUCUUGGUCAACACGAUUUACUUCAAAGGUCAAUGGAAACACAAGUUUGAUAAGCUAAAUGUCAUAAAGUCAGAGUUUCAUGUUAGUAAAACACACAAGUGUCCAGUUUCCAUGAUGUACCAAGAGAGGAAAUUCCAGUACGCAAAAAUCGCAGAUGACAAGGUGAAGAUCCUUGAGUUGCCCUACAAUGGAGGUGACAUCACAAUGGUGCUCAUAUUACCUACUGAGGGUAUAACCCUGUCGGAAGUGGUGGCAAACAUGACCCUCAAGAAACUUGUUGGUUGGUUACAUGCCAUGAAAGACACCACAGUUUCAGUGCAGGUUCCUCGUUUCCGUAUCGAGGACAGCUUCAGUCUCAAAGAGCAGCUGACAAAAAUGGGCCUUGAAGAUCUUUUUAGUCCAGAAAAAGCCAGUCUCCCAGGGAUGGUUGCCGAUGAUGGGCCCAACUUGUUCAUCUCUGACGCCUACCAUAAGGCCUUUCUUGAGGUGAAUGAGGAAGGUAGUGAGGCGGCUGCCUCCACAGCAGUAGUGGCUACCGGACGUUCCUUAAACAUCUUCCGGGAAAAUUUUGUUGCGGACCAGCCCUUCCUUCUGCUGAUCCGCGAGUCCAGUAUCAACGCCUUGAUCUUCACCGGCCGAGUUGCAAAUCCUUGUGGGAGCAGCUAAUAUGGAUUGAAAAUGGAUUUGACAGGACAGACUGAGGAGUUAUUGAUCAUCCUUGUGGCUAAUUUUUAACUUGCCAGGCUGCCUUGUUUCUUACCUUAUUGCUUAAUAAUGAGCAUUAAAAUUGUAACUAUGUUGUUUUUGUCAGUCCACCAAGCAAUUACUGGAAACAAACACAUUGAGGAGCAAGAAGAUGCAAAUAGGAUUUGAAAAAAUAAAAAUAAAAACACUAUGUACAGGCACAGAACAAGGAUAAAACAGGUUUAUUUUUUCAUAUUAGAAAUUUGGGUUUAGCAGUAUCACACAAUCUGGGCUUACAUAAUUAUACAUUUAAAGAACAUAAUCGAAAAUCCUUCACAGUUACACUUAAAGUGCUUUAUUUCUAUUUAGAAGAAUGGACUUGACACACUGUCAGUAAAGAAAAAAACAUAGUGGUUAUUGUGAAAAUGGCAUUCACAUUAAUAAUGAUAAAUCUUUUCGAUUCCUGUACCUUUUUGAAUGUGAAAAGUCUCAAAUUUUAACUAAUCAUUAAACUCUGAUUAAUUUCAAACAAGCAAUUAUACCUUAAUUGCAUAUGAAUAUAAUUUCUAGAUUUUUAAACAUAUUUACUAUUUCAAUAAAUAUAUUGGAUUGCUAAUAAAAUCAGAGAAAUUUUAUUUUAUGAGUUUUGGAAGUUGACUUUUUUCCUAAGAAUAAAAUACCUAUUAUAUUUUGCUUUA